AUGAACCCAUACGACAAUCUUCCUUGUUCAGUCUACUUUCCGAGCAAUACAGGUUGACCUAUUCUUUCUAUUAAACUCGAAUCUUGGGUUGAAGUUGUCGCGAAAGUUCCGGAGGUUCGAGAGUCAGUUGAGGAUAUAGUUGGGGAACCGGCACAGCAGAAAAAGUCAGUUUUUUUUUCGGGUAUGAAAUCUUUCGAGACUUUCCUUGUGAAUUUGAGCCCGGUAGCGUUCACCUAAAUCUGCACAAAAAAACUUUACAAGAUCUUUUUGAAGCUUUACAAAUCGGUAUAGUAGUUUUUGAUUUGAAAAAAUGAAAUAAAAAUUUCAAAAAAACGUUCAUUUUUUUAUUUCAAACUAAAGUGUUCAGAUUGAAAUAUGUUUAACUUUCUCAGAGUUUGCGUGCUGAAAGAAGUUACCCCGAUCGGCAAAGAAGAGAAAGAAGACAAAAAGAAGUCGUGUCUGAGCAAUCCAUUGGCGCGGAAACCGAUCCCCGACCACGCCGCCACUCAUAAAAAGACCGUCGCUUUCGGCAAAACGGUCAACGUCUCGCAAACAAUUGAAGUUGGCUUGAUUCAAAAUGCCAAAUCAUAUUUUUCUAUGAUGAAGGGAACUUCGAGACUGGCGAAAAAACAGCAACUUCUGAAAAAAGACCAGAGAAGAAUGAGCCACGAAGACGAAGGCAAAUCUCUCAAAGAUGUGAGGAAAAGCAAAUAAUUAGAAAGAAUAAAAACUAAAAAGUGUGAGGUAUCAAAUGAAUCAAAAGUAUCACUCAUUUACUUUGUUAUAUAAUAAUUUCCAUAACUUAGAAGUUGGAAAAAAGAUUUCUAACAUCAACAAAUAGAGUCAACGAUUGUAGGUGAUGCUUUAAACCGCAGAACGCGAUAUUAUUGUAAAGAAUAAUAGUAAUGUAGAAAUGAACUUUUUGCAUAAUGUUUCUUAUAGGUGAUGGAGAUGGUUACAUCUUUGAAAGAAGCUGUGAAAGAACAGAAAGAAGAGCUGAAAGAAUUGAAAGAAGAGCGGAAGGAGCAGACGAAAAAACGUGAAGAGGAAAUGGAGAGUAUUAAGCAGAUGCUUCAAUCCAUGCAAGGUGCAGAUUUUGCAGAAAAUAAUAACAUAUGUCGAAUCUGGGCCUAAUUUUUCGAAAACCUAUCCGUAUUUGGAAAAAAAAAGGUAUGAGACUUGUGGAACCAGAAAGGACAUUAAAAGCGGUUUUGUCAAAAAUUUUUGAAAUUUUUUUUGCUCCUCUGAACACCAGGAAAUUUUUUUUGGAACUGCCUUUACCGUUUUUUUUUUCACAAACUUCUUACCUUCUCUAUUCGAAAUUUUUUUGUCAUAAUUUACUUUAAAAAUACUCUUGGCUUUGCUCGCGGAGAUCAAUUUUCUCAAGUUAUUUUUCAGAAUUAUUAGUUGGUCAAAUGAAAAUCAAUGGCGAAAGCAACAAGGAGAACCAAGUGGCGAUUCCGAAAGAGAAGCCGAGAAGUCAGCCGAAAGUCCUCGACUCCAACAUUCUGCCUGUUUUGGAACGACGGAUGAUGACCGACCCGGUCUUUCGUCAGAGAAUCGCUGACAUCAUUGCCGAUGUGAACAUUCACUUUUUAUUUGGUUUUGAUGCACAAAACGCAAAAAUUGAUCAUUGAAUUUGUAUCCUAAUGACUUUUCCGUUGUAAUUCUUUUCUUCUAAAAUCGCUCAUGGUUGAUUAUAAUCUCUCCAGUUGAGUCUUUUUUUUCUCGCCUUCAAAAACUACAGCGAGUGUUUUGACAAAAUUGUACAAGAUAGAUGUUUUCUUUUGAAAAAUAUUCAAGAUAAAAAAGACUUAUCAUAUGAAGAGAUUAGGGGACUGUAGGAAAUUUUUAUUUUACAAGAGAAAUUUGUGUGUAGGACAGAGACGGCGCCGUUGAUUCCUACACGACCCCGAAGGUGUCGACUUCACGGAAAAAUGUCGGCACUCCCUUGGUGACGCCAACUACAGCCGAUUUGUGAGUUUUCUCGCUUUUAAUAAGCUAAAACAGACUCUUUUUUCAAAAUGGUGACGUUUUCUUAGUGGUUUACAGUAACGACCGUUUGAAGGGUGAUGGGAUGAACUUCUAGCUACAAGUUAUUUCAGUGAUCGUUAAACGAAAUGUCAAAAAUACAACAUGUCAAAGUGUGACCGAUGAACGAACGACAGAACUUGCAACCGCUAACUAAAUGACUUCAAACAAAACGGUCAUUGGGGAGAAAGUUCAAAAGAAAUGACAAUGAACCCAUCUUUCACGUCGAAAUUCCAUCGGUCAUUUGAGAUGAAAUGACCGUUCAGCUGGUCACCGAUGACUGGAUAAUGGAAAAAAAGUGAAAAAAAGAAUUUUGAAAAAUAUUUUUUUAACUUCUUUAAUUAUUUUUUUUUCUCUUCUUUUCUCUUCUUUUUUUACGUUUUUUUAUUUCUUUUGGCUCUAAUGACUUUUUGAACGAAAAAUAUCAUCGAACGUUCAUUUCUUCGAAAUCUGACCACUGAACUAACCGUCGAAAAUGAACUAUCAAAUUCCAACUUUACAAGUCAGGCCGAACGAUUUGAUUUUUACCAGUUCAUUUCAUAUAUAUUUUUUUAAUUGAGCGGCCAAAAUAUUCAAUACGUUGAAAGCGAUCACCGGUCAUUUCAGAGAGCUCUAGUUUUGAGUGUUUAUAUUGGGAUAAAUUGAGCUCUCACUUCAUAAAAUUCAUUAUUUUGUUUUUUUUUUAUUGAAAAUUCUUAGUAAUUUCCGAUUUCAGCGCGACUACCAAGGAAACGCUUUGACUGAAAAUAAUUUCUCCCAAAUCGAAUAAUCAUAAAAUUAGAAAAUAGCUUGGAAAUUUUGCUUAAGAUAUUUUUUUUUGAAAUUUUUGAUUUUUGAGGUCUUUCGCCGUAGAGCACACAUGCCCUCAACGAUUUGUGUAAUUAUGGCUGCAGUGUGUCAGCUUGAUUAUAGCUGAUUCACGGCUGGCUUGAGCCAUCGUAAAAAAGGGUCCUGACACGAUAAUGCACGAUAUAGCGCCUGGCUCGUGGAGAGCGCAGACAGGACACGCCCCCUUAGCGUCCAAAGCUGGCCGUGAAUCACCUAUACCAAGGAAACGCUUUGACUAAAAAUAGUUUCAAGCUGAAAAUAAAAGAAUCUUUGGGAAGUACUUAAUGGAUUCGAUAAAUUUUGAAGAAGACAAGGAGCGACGUUAAGAGAGACUGUGACCGUGGAGCGGAGCAUCCAUUGCGAUGCGCCCUACUCAAUCGACACCCGAAAUUGGCUGAAUAGCAUGCAAUCCUCGCGAAGUCUUUUUAAUCAUCUGAUGUAGGAAAAUUGUUGUAUAUUGAAGAAGGCGACGCGUACGAUUUGGAUGAACCCCUCCAUUCGACGUACCAGCCUGGCCACAGCUACAGCCUCUAUCCUGCCAAUAAAACGAACGACAGAACGGGGUUUGUAUAAGUUGAGCACAGCUGAGAAACUCGAAAGUUAUGAUGAAUUUGGUUCAAAGAAAGGUUCCUUGCUUUUCGGUCAAAUACUUCACUUUCUGAAAUGAAUUUGUUAAGUUUAAACUACAGAGCGCACAGCUGGUUAAUAGGUAGCUCAUCGAAAUUGAAAAAAAAAAAACUAAAAUUUGUCAGGAUUAUUUUGUGUUGGUUCCUAUUUUUUUGAUGUUGUUUCCUUCACGGCUUACUUAUUAAGAAAAUCUUCAAUAAAACACGACGAAAGUUCGAAUGCUCAAAAUAAGAUUUUCCUUAAUUUAAAACUGCGAAAAUCGAAUAAUUGAUGGUUUUGGUGCACAGUUUUCGUUAAAUCGCAAACCGCUACUCCCUGACCUCAUUUCAUGACAUCAUUCGUAACACAAGAAAUAAGCACAAGCGUAAUCGAAAUAUUUGGCUAUAUAUUCAUUUUAUUCACGUGAACAUGAUUCAGCAGAUUAUUAUUAUCUCAUUUCAUCACGUCGACUGGUCGGUCUCAUAGCCGCUUUCUCAUGGGAUAAUAUUCCGACGCCCGUCAGCCCCGGACAAGCUGGGCGCCGUACUGUUUCAAAAUGGUGAAAUGGAGAUGAUGUCAUAGGGAUGACGUCAGGGAGUAGCGGUUUGCGAUUUAACGCGAAGUUUAGUGCACUCAACUCACAUUAUCAAAGAUUUUUAAACCUCUUCCGUUGAUUUUUAUUUUUGGGAAAUUUCUAUAGUAGACUGAAUUCUUAGAAAAAAAAAUUUUUUCAUAAAGUGACUAGUGCGAAUAGUCUUCAAGUAACGAAAUUUUUCAAACUUAUCAUAGUUCACUGUCCCCUCUGAAUAAAGUGUUUUACAGUUUCAAUAACUGGCAAGAAGAAUCGGACGACGAUUUCGGCGAUUCCAGCCGUCACAAUGAAACUCGACCAAGAGACGAUGAAGGUUCGAUAUUUCUCUAUUUUAUCCUUUGUAAAUUAAUUUUUCAGCGUUCCGAAAAAGAAUACGCGAGAAGUACGCCAAGAGAAACGCCUGA